AUGAAGUCUGUUGACAGUGCUACGCUACUGCUACUGCUGUUGCUGGUGGUCCCUCCUGUGCUGGCGUCAACGGUGCCCUGUGAGAUUGAUGGGAGCACCAAUGCGGACGUGUACUGCGAGAGUCUGUUGCGAAGUGGCUCUCGAUGUGUCAAUGGGUUCUGCACGAAUCCAUUCUACUACGGCGGUUGCUUACAGACACUCCAUACAGAUUGGAAGAAUAAGACUCGCGUCUGCAAUUCGGACGAUCCUCCCGACGCCGAGACACUGGGUUACUGUCACGUCUCUGCAAUGGACUACACAGAAGUUCGAUUGGCCGCCCAGAAUUGGGAAUCGCACAAUUUUGGAGCGUGGAUCUUGACCAUCCUACUCAGUGAAAUCCUCGAUGUCCCCGUCACAUUGGAAGCGGGAUCUCCCAGUCGCACCGUCAAUUUCUACGACGAAUUCUCACGCAACGAUUACCAAGAAUCCAUUUUCAAUCCGCCCUUUCCCGAAUUGGCAGUGUCGGAACAAGUCAAGGAUUGUCGAACCGUCUAUACUACCGACCCGUCAACAUAUCAAGGAUGCUAUCAUGUGCUACCGGAACUCUGGUGGGAUUCGCGAUCGCGCUUUGUCGUCAGUGGCAUGGAGCAAGUACGAGAUUUGGGCGCCCUGGGAGAAAAUGCCCUCUUUGUGCCACAAUUCGCUGCCGAACAAGACAAUUCCCUCGUCUCCUGGUUGGGAUUGCAACACGAUAGACAGAAAAUGGCAGAGACAUUUCCCACACCCACCAAUUGGAACGACUAUUGUCAAUUCGUUUCACCCACACAGUGUCAAGAGCCAGAUGAGACAGCCCAACGACCACCGCAAUCCGCCGACGAAGAAAUCAUGUAUUUUCAUCAGCCUUCGCACGGGCGCGACUUUACUGGGUAUUUCCGCAUUACGGAACAAAACAAUUGCACUCGGUAUCCCCACAAUUGCACGGGACACGUCGCCACGUAUCCCUGUGGUUGGGCUUCCUAUGUCACGCAACAAUUCCAUCAUUUAGAUAUUCCACUCCAAUCUACUGGACCGACACCCAACAGAGGAUACUCGUAUGCACAAUUGACACAACUGUGGGCCGCUGCUAAUGCCACACGCACACCCGUCAUGAUGUUAUGGUGGUCUCCCGAACCCGUCUUUGAAGCCUACGUCGAUACGGCCGCCGCAUUUACGCGUGUCUUGCUCCCCCAUCCCACACAAGAAUGUCUCGACGCUCGGAUUGAUUAUCGAACCCACUGCAAUGCUGAUCUCGCGUGGAAUGAAACGGUCGGUGACCCGGCGGGUGCCUGCGAUACGUUUCCACAAGUCUUGCAAAAGGGCAUGGGCACGGCGUUGCGAGAUAUUAGUAUUGGCGUCGAUAUUCCCGUGGCAUUUCACAAUCCCGCCUAUCAAGUAGUGACCAAAUACAAAUUAUCCAAUGUGCAAAUGGGAAAAAUAUUCGAAUAUUGGUUGGCACGGACCACCGACAAGUGGCACUAUGAUCAGCGCGAUGCCGUCUGUCAAUUUGUGGUGGAGAAUUUGGACUGGUUGUUGGCGCUGGUACCAGAAUCGUAUCCACGGGUUGUACACGAACGACACGGCGAUGCGCAAAAGUCACUCAGCAAGGCGGCAUUGGCCAUGGCCGUCAUGGCGGUCGUGCUGUGUGUGGGAGCCCUGGUAUUGACUUGCCUAAAGAGAGCCACCAAGGUCAUGUAUUACUUGCAAAUGGAAUUCUUUGGACUCAUGUGCAUGGGCAUGUUGUUGGUCAGUGUGGCGGCAUUGAUUCAAACACUGGAUCCAUCCAAUCUCAGUUGUGCCGUGUAUCCUUGGUUGGUCAAUCUGGGAUUCUUGUUCCAACUCGUGCCCUUGGUAUACCGCAUGGCCAAAAUUCAACGAUUGGCCACGUCGGGACGGAAAAUGCAACGAGUGCGACUCUUGCGCAAGGAUUUGCUCCUCGUCGUGGGGGGAUUCGGGGCAUUCGUCGUGGCAUUUCUAUUGGCGUGGUCCAUUGUCGAUACGCCACGAGAAGUAUUCCAGUACAGUCUGUCCACGGUCCAAACGGAACAGGGAGAAACCAUUGUGGACGCAUUUGACUAUUGUGGAUCUGAUUCCGAUGUGUGGUAUCUCGUUGCGGUCUUGUGGCCAGCGUUGCUUGCGGUACCGGGGUGUAUUCUCGCCGUGUUGGCGACGCAAAUCAAAGAAGACAUGAAUGACACCAAACCCAUGGCCAUUCUAAUCUACAUGCACUUUUUCUUUUUGCUGCUUUGGGCAUUUAUUGUGGGAAGUGAUACAUUCAAGUCGGAAGCCAUGAAGAAACAAAGUCUCAUCCUCAGUAUCGACACUAUUUUGGCGGCGGCCCUGUACGUAUAUCCCAAGUUCUUGGACAGCGGGGAAAACUUGGAUGCAGAGCCGCUCCCGGAUGUCUUUGUGCAUACUACCGUGGCUCUGGUGGAUCUCUGCGGGUUCACGGCCUGGUCAAGUGUCCGCGAACCAGUCUCGGUGUUCCAGUUCCUCGAAACAAUCUACUCUCAGUACGACAAAAUUGCGGCACGCCAUGGAGUAACGACGAUUGAAACUGUGGCCGAGUGUUACGUCGCCGCGACCGGCGUGCCCCAACAUCAGCCUGACCAUGCAGUGUUGAUGGCAAAGUUCUGUUCGGACGUGAUGAAAAAGAUGCCGAGUUUUAUCAAAAAGCAAGAAGUCACCUUUGGACCAGACACGGCUGAUUUGUCCAUCAUGAUUGGGAUGCAUAGUGGACCAGUAACCGGAGGCUUCCUAAAGGGCAAGGGAAGUCGCUUUCAGCUUUUCGGAGAUGUCAUGACGACUGCUUCGCUCUUGCUGGCUAAUAGUGAGUCUGGCAAAGUGCACAUGUCACAGGAGACAGCUGCGCUGUUGACGCAAGCAAAAGUUGGAAGAUGGGUGCUCGAACGAGAAGAUGUAGUCGAGACGGAGGAAAAAGGCGAAAUGCGGACCUUCUAUCUCGUGAAGGGCUCCCAUCUCAGACGGCUUUUCAGGCAUAUUGACACCCCAGGUAUUUAUCAGGAUGAUUCGAGCGUGGAAGAAGACGUACUGGAAAACGAGGAAUUGUUGGAGAUGGAAACCGAGCAACGAUGGAUCGACUGGAACGUUGAGAUCUUCAAAAGUCUGCUCAAGCAAAUCGUCGCUCGAAGAGCGGCGAACCCGAGGCCUUUCUUUGAUUCUAGUUCCAAAGAAAAUGUGCCGACCCUCGACGUUGCUACGAUGCCUUUCUUCGAAGUCAAAGAGAUCAUUGAACUUCCAGAGUUUGACCGCAGAGCCGCCAUGCGCUUUCGCGACAACGAAACGACCACGGAGCUUCCUGACAAUGUCGUGGAGCAGUUGAAGGAGUACAUCACAUUGAUUGCAGAAAUGUACAAUCACAGCAACGAUUUCCACAAUUUUGCACAUGCUUCGUAUGUGGUCCUGGCUGUCACAAAGUACAUGAACAGAAUAAUCGCAGCGAGCGGUGUUGAUCUAGGGAAGGCUGACAACGCGGACCGCUUCCGUGGCAGCACUUUAGAGGCAUUGCAUGACCACACUUAUGGAAUCUGUUCGGAUCCGCUGACUUUUUUCGCGGUCGCUUUUGCUGCUAUGAUUCAUGAUGUUGAUCAUCCGGGCGUGCCUAAUCCUCAGUUCAUCAAGGAGAACGCUCAAAUCGCAAUGUUCUACAAGGAACGAAGCGUCGUCGAACAGAAGUCGCUGGACUUGUCAUGGAAUCUAUUGGUUGAAGAUCGUUUCCAAGACCUCCUCCAUACCAUCUGCCCCACGAUUUCAGAGAUGAGUCGCUUCCGAGGGCUUGUUGUGAAUUCUGUGAUGGCCACCGAUUUGCAGGACAAAGAUUUGAAGCUGCUGAGAAACACACGAUGGCAGAGGGCUUUUGAUGGCCAGAACGGACCCACCGCAGAGGAAAGUAGCGAGUCAGUCAACAGGAAGGCUACAAUCGUGAUUGAGCAUCUCAUUCAGGCGGCUGAUGUGGCGCACUGCUCACAACACUGGCACAUCUACAGAAAAUGGAACAACCGUCUCUUUAAGGAACAGUACAAGGCAUAUCGAAAAGGGAGAGCAGAGAAGAAUCCUGCUGACUUCUGGUACGAAGGUGAGAUCGACUUCUUCGAUCACUACAUUGUUCCUCUAUCGAAAAAGCUCCGUGAUUGUGGAGUCUUUGGUCCCACUAGUGAUGAGAACUUGAACUACGCCAACAGCAAUCGCGGAAAGUGGGAGAAGGAAGGGGAAGAACUUGUUAGCCAGAUGCUGGAAGAGGUCGAAGCGGAGUAUGACGAGCAAGAUUGUACCCUCGUUGGGAAGAUGGUGGAGCAAGCCAAGGAGGGAGCUUCAUAUGAGAUGGCUUCGCCGCCAGUGGUUGAACCCUUCGCUACGAGACCGGAGAAGGAGGAAAAGCAUGCCGUAUAG